AUGUUCUCCCGCCACGCCUUCUCGGCACUGAGUCGCCACGCCCGCUCCUUCUCGUCAACGUCCCGAUGCGAUGCGGACUUCACUCACGCAGUCAUCGGCGCUGGUGCUGUGGGACUAUCGAUAGCCAGAAGACUGCAACAAGUGGAAGGAGCGUCGGUCGUGCUCAUCGAAAAGCAUGACAUGGUCGGCAGCGAGACGAGCAGUCGAAACUCCGAGGUCAUCCACGCCGGGCUAUACUAUGGCACGGACAGUCUCAAGACACGACUAUGCAUCAAAGGCAAGGAAAUGAUGUAUGAUUACUGCAAGAAGAAUGACGUGGGCUUCACGAAUUGUGGCAAAUGGAUCGUUGCACAAGACCAUGUGCAGAUGGGAGAGUGUCAGAAGGUGUAUGACUUUGCGAAAGAUAUCGGUGUCCCGAUCCGAUGGGUGCCAGAGGAUGAAGCGAAGAGAAGGGAGCCACAUGUUCGAGCUGAAGCUGGAGUGCUGGAGAGCACGACUACUGGCAUCGUUGAUUCGCACGGUUUCAUGCAAGCAUUGCAAGGCGACUUCGAGAAUUUCGGAGGCACAACUGCACUGGUGAGCCCGGUCACGAGGAUAGAGGCACCUUCCGCUGGCACUGGAGACUGGAAGAUCUGGACUGCCAGCGAUGCUUCUGAGCCAUCACCUUCUUCGCCCACACCUCAGACGCCAGAGCAGAGUCCCAAUCCAGAGGAUGGCACUUUUAUAACAGCAGAAACGGUCAUUAACAGUACCGGUCUGUACGCUUGCGCAAUCAACAACAUGAUUCUGCCACCCGAGCGACACCGCACACCGUACUAUGCCAAAGGCUCAUACUUCACAUACUCGAAAUCUACCCCACGAACAUCCACUCUCAUAUACCCUGCUCCCAUCCCUGGACUCGGUGGCCUUGGUACGCAUCUCACGUUCGACUUGGGUGGGCAAGUCCGGUUCGGUCCAGACGUCGAGUGGGUAGACCAUCCUCACGACCUGGCGCCCACGCCCGACAAGAGGCGUUUUGAGGCUGCCCUGGAGACUAUCAAAAAAUAUAUGCCUGGUGUCGACACGAGUGCUAUCUCACUGGGCUAUGCUGGAAUUAGGCCCAAACUCGGCAGGAUGAGUGCCGUGGCAAGCGGCAGCACUUUCCAAGACUUCUACAUCAAGAAGGAAGAAGGAUACGAUGGCUUUGUCAACCUGCUCGGUAUCGAGAGUCCAGGUCUGACUAGCAGUUUGGCGAUCGGUGAAGAAGUGUAUAGACUGCUCUAUAAGGCGGAGCCUCUUGACUGCAGGUAA